AUGCUCGUUUACUUUUUAGCGAUGCUCGUAGUUCCUGGGCCUGAGAUCUGUGCUUGGGAUGACUUGUCGGAUCUGGUCAUGUUGGCUUGGAACUCUACACCUACUCUUCAGAACCUGAAGCAGUCAACACUCGGCGUGUGGUAUAAGCGCUAUUGGGGGAUUCGGCUUGGGAUUCGUGUGGAUGACGCUACGGGAAAGCCGAUGCUGGUGGCUGCUGAGGAAGGGGAGAAGAAGCUGGAAGAGGAUAUGAAGUACCAGUGA